UAAGAGUAAACGAACUCUUCUUUUUUUCUAAUUUAAAUAAUAAAUAAAUCUUAAUUUUUUCACAGCGAAAGCUAUUGUACAUAAUUAUAACAGAAUAUAAUACAUAUAUUAUACUUAACACACAUCUUAUAUACAUAUAUGUAUAAUAAGACGUCAUUUCUCGACGUGGAAAUUUUAAAUAAAUAAUUAUAUUUGUUUUGACUUCAUGAAACACGUUUCAACAUAUAUCAAUAAAGAAAAUUGCUAGAGUGUAAUCUCAAAAAAAAAAACAAUGGAUGUUAAAGUUGAUGUAAGUGGUGAUAUGGAAGCUCCGGCACCAGCUAACUCAAAAGGAGGAUUUUCUUUUACAAAUAUGUCAAAUUUGUCGUCUACUUUAGCACCACUGGAAAUAUUAAAACAGAUUCGGGUUCAAUUGCGUCCAUGGUCUGAAUUUUUAAACACACAAAAUUUUAAAACUAUAGCAAGUUUCCAAAGGCUUACUGGUAGACUAAUAAGAAAUUUGGCAUAUUUUCAAAGCAAUUACUUAUGUGUUUUCAUCGUUUUGAUGCUAUAUUGCCUUAUUACAUCACCGUUAAUUUUAAUUGUUUUAUGCGGGGCUUUCUAUAUUACUUAUCGAAUAAAAAAAGCUGAUACAACCGUUCAAGUGUUUGGCCGACAAAUUAAUUCAUAUCAGCAGGGAAUUAUUGUUAAUAUAGCCGCAGCACCAGUUUUAUACAUAGCUGGGGCAGGUGCAAUUAUAUUUUGGGUGAUAGGCGCUUCAUGUUUUGUGAUUUCAUUACAUGCUGCCUUUUAUAAUAUUGAUGCUAUUGUGACUGAAGACACAGAAGGUUUCUUGUCGGAAGUAGUUUAAAAUAUUAUUAUAUUAUAAUAUAUUAUUAGAUUUUAAAUUAAUAGAAUUAAUAUCUUCAAUUAAUCUCUACACAAAUUUUUGUAACACAAAAAACAAUACUUAUUGUUUAAAAUUGCUUGAAUAUAAGAAUACUUAUAACUAUAUAUACAUACAUACAUAUGUACGUAGUUUAAUUUUAAAAAUUAUUUAAUUUUUGUUUCACACAAGAAUAAGGAAAAUUAGUAUAUACCAUAUGAAAAAGAAUACUAAAUACGAAUAAUAAAAUUUUCAGAAAGCUACAUAAGUACUUAAAUUGCAAGUGGUAAUAUUUUUUUCUUAUGCGAUAACGUGCAAUGUAAUACAUAUUCUAUUUGAUAUUAGCAUAUUAGGUAAUUGAAAACCCUAAAUUUGAAAUUCCCAAGUCCAGGGUAGUUGAAAAAUGAAGUAAAGAAAAAAUUCUAGAUUCUUUUGGCGGAAUUUAUUCUGACUUGAAAUUUAAAAAAAAUCCGUAGUAUACAUUCUAAAAAUAAGUCUCGGACUCAUUCCACACUACCCACUAUGGGUGUUUUUGAAAAUGCAGUUCUUAAGCUAAGAACUGCAAAGCUUUUGAAGCUUCAUAUAUAAAUUAAAUGAAGAGCUUUUAAAGCUUUACAGUUCUAAGAUUAAGAACUGCAUUUUUAAAAACACCCUAAAACAAAGAACGCUCAUAACCGAUGAGCAAAAGAAAUGAUAUUGUAGCUUAUAUGCAAGAAUAAUGAGUUUGCAAAAUACUCGUUAAGGAUACAACAGGCCACAAAUAGACUUUACUUACCCAAAAAGAAUGUUAAAUUAAAAAAAUCUUUUAAUUUGCUAAUAAUAUGUACAUAUGUAUGUAUGUAUGUAUAUUGUAUAUAGUUCAAAGUUGAAUAAAGCAUCAAAGUUGAAUUUUCUUUU